GUCCUGUAGGAAAUAUAAUGUUUGUAGACCAUUUGAAAUCAAUGCACUGACAGUUAGCAACAUUAGCAGCUAACGUUACUCUCGCGGCAUUGAAGUCGCCGAAAGAUUUAUUAGAAAUAAUACAACGAAAGAUAUAUUCUGACGAGCAAAGCAAAGGUAGUAAGAAUGUUAAACGUAAUACCGACUGCUAAUUCAUUCUUAUUAUUAUUAUUGUGCGGGUUUACAUAUAAAAUACAGUAAAAGAUGGAUGAAAGUGAGAAGUAGCUUUAUAAACGCCAUUUUACAGAAAUAUAACGCUAAUAAAUACUGCAAAGUGAUCACGUGAUAUAUUUUAAAUGUUAGUUUGUGCUACAAAAUGACUUUUGUGAGGAAUCAAAACUUUUCCUGAAGAAGUCCGCUGCUUUUGUCCCACCUGGACUCACCUGAGCCCUGCAGGAUGAGUCGCGAACCGGAGGGUCGCCCUGACGACGGUCGCCUUGACGACGCCUUGUCCCGCAUCGCCAUGGAGACGCAGGAGAUCAAAGAGCUGGAGAAGCAGCUGACCGAGGGUCAGCUUUUGGCCAACGAGGUUCUCCAGAGGGACUUGGAGGGACUCCUGGGCGGACUCCAGGAUUACCUGCGAGAACUCACAGCAGAGGCCAGUGGCGUGCGGCGCCGCCUGGAGGACACGCAGAGACACUGCAGGCGGCUGGAGGACUCGUCCUGCUCGCACGCCAGGAACAUGGCGACGCAGCGGGAGGAGCUGGCGGCGCUGAGGACGGAGGCCCGGGUUCUGAGAGAGCAGCAGGUGGCGAUGGAGGCGGAGCUUCAUCGGCUGAGCGAGGAGCUCACCCGGCAGACCAGAACCGGCACAGAAUCCCCCCAACCGACUCCUCACCUAGACCAGGACCAAGCAGCCGGACCUCAGGCCCGGGUGGACCGGGAGCAUGUAGCGCGGCUUGAAGCUCAGGUCGCCCAAUGCCAGAACCGCAUUGACCAGCUGGAAGCCCAGUCCGGCAGAGACCGGAACCACAUAGCCCGACUGGAAGCUAAGUCCGGCAGAGACCGGAACCACAUCACCCAGCAGGAAGCCCAGUCCGGCAGAGACCGGAACCACAUCACCCAGCAGGAAGCCCAGUCCGGCAGAGACCGGAACCACAUCACCCAGCAGGAAGCCCAGUCCGGCAGAGACCGGAACCACAUCACCCAGCAGGAAGCCCAGUCCGGCAGAGACCGGAACCACAUCACCCAGCAGGAAGCCCAGUCCGGCAGAGACCGGAACCACAUCACCCAGCAUGAAGCCCAGUCUGGCAGAGACCCCAAACAAGAAGACCAAAGAGAGUCCACGUGCACCAGGAAAGACCGACACACACGCCCUGAGAGGAAGUGGACAACACACCUGGACCGGACCGGAACCAGAAGCUCGGCUGCAGCGGAUUGGAGGCGGGGCUGGAGAACAGGAAGUGAUGUUGACAGGACAUCCAGAGGGGAGGAGCCAACUUGGCUGCUUCCUCCUGCUGGAUGUCCACUGGGGGGCGCUGGCAAACUACAACACACACACAGACUGAGAAGGUCUUACACACACACACACACACACAUCAUAGUAAUAGUGCUUAUAGUGUGUGUGUGUGUGUGUGUGUGUGUGUGUGUGUGUGUGUGUGUGUGUAGGAGUGUGUCGCUGCUGUGUGAAGAAGUGGAGUGUGUGGAGAAGACUCUCAACAAGAGACGAGCUGAACUUCGGGAGGCUGACAGGCGUUUGCUCACAGCGCACACACAACUACACAAGGCAGCAUCAGCCGUGCAUCAAAGCCACACUUCAGACAACAGCGCCCCCUGCCUGCACCUCAGGCUCGCCAGGCUGCAGCAGCACCAGCUGAGGAGUGUGGAGGCGGAGCUAAGGGACAGAGAGGCGGAGUCCCGGGAGCUCUGCACAACCAUACACAUGGCGGAAGACAGGUUAGCUGUGCUUGUGUCAGACUGUCAGGAUGCGCGUGCAUGUUUGGACUGGACCCUCACCCAGGUGGAGCAAAAGAGGGCGGAGCUUCAGAGUACACUCAGCCAGCUGGAGGCGGUCCAGAAUGAGCAGCAGCGACUCAAGCAGGGGGUGCUAACAACGUGCUCAGCCAUGUCUGCUGUGGAGGAAGAGGAGGAGCGACUCUUUAUCCUGCAGUCUCAAGUCCACAAACACCAAGAAGAGCUGAAAGGUGCCCUCCGCAGCAAGCGGAGACAAAGGAAGGACGGCGAGCUGGACAGGAAGGGGGAGGAGCUAAGUGCAGUGCGGAACACGAUGAGGUCGCAGCAAAAAGUGUCCAGGAAACAUUGACUUCCUGUUUGUGCGUGUGUGAUGUUGACUAUGAAAGCAAACAAGUGCAAAAUACAAAGAUUUUUUGGACUUUUA